CUCCCUUAUAUAUAUUGAUUCAGAUUUGGGAGAUUUUCUAUUAGACGACUUCCGUACUCUCAUUAAUCACUGAAAAGUGAAAAUGGCUUCUGCUACAGCAUUUGCGAUACCCACAUUCCUCUCCCAUUCAUCACCCGCCAUAACCAACGCCUCUGCUUCAAACCCCAGAUUUUACUUACCGGCAAAUUCCCCAAGCAACACAUUAUCAAUACACAGCCAAAUUCUCACCAACUUAUCAGCGUUCUCUCCUCAUCAUCGCCAUGGCCGUAUGAAGACGAACCCUGGACUGCGCAAAUGGCCUGCAUCGAGAGCCGCUUCAUCUUCUUCAGGUGAAGAUGAGGAAAAGAAAUGAAAUCGUUGAAAUUCAACUUACUUUCAGCAGUUGGGAAAUGUGUGGUUUUUUUUCAUUUGCUGAGAAUCCUGUAUUUUGCUCGGUUAUUUGCUUCUGAGAUGUGCAUUUGGUUGGUUUUUGUUCUUAUCCAUUUUGGGUUCUUCAAGUUAUUUGGUGGGAUAUCUGAAUUAUUAGGGAAUUAGCAAAUUUAGCUUACUGUUGGUGGGAAGAUGUUCAGUGUACUGUUUUGAAGGAAGAAAAAAGGUAAAUUGAAGAGGAGGAACACUGUGAGGUUCUUCGAGCUCUGGAAUGUUGAAGUCCAACAUCUUUUAUUUGGGUGGCAAUCAUUGAUCAUCUUUAUUCUAGAUAAAUUGGAGAUAUGUAAUAAAAAUGAGAAAGUGAGGAGGUGUGGAAUUCAUUCUUUUGGUGCCGUUUAACCCGUAAAAUUAUCUUGAAAAGUUCUCCAAAAGAUGUAACACUAUGUUCUUCCUUCCGAAGCUAAAGUCUGGUGGUAAGUUUAUAGUUUGCCUUAGGUUGGGUUUUCAUCUAGUCCUCCACACGUCAAGGAUUAGAUGGAUUUUACCAUGUUCUGUAUGGAGUAUUGUAUUUGUAUAUUCAUCUGACAAUGUUCGUUUGAUGGCUCUUCUUACAAGUUCAGAAUACACUGAAGAACCUGUAACCAAGGUGAAGUUUCGAAAAUCACUGGAAGUUCCAGGUUGUCCAUCUUCAUUAACAUUACUUGGCAUUGGAUGCAGGGAAAAGGUAUUUGCAAUAAUCGGUGUUAAGGUCUAUGCUGCUGGAUUAUACACGAACCCGUUAGUCUUCAGUAAGUUAGAUGCCUGGAAAGGACAUGCAUAUGCAGAACUAGAAAAAGAUCCGUUGGUUUUUAAUUCCAUUUUCCAAGCUCCUCUAGAGAAAUCACUGCAUAUUAUUCUAGUAAGGGACGUGGACGGUAAAACAUUUUGGGAUGCCUUGAGUGAGGCCAUCUCGACAAGAGUGAAAUCACCGACUCCCGUUGAUGAAUUUGCACUUUCGACCUUCCGUAAUACAUUUGAAAGCCGACCUCUUAAGAAAGGGACUUCAGUUUUUUUGACUUGGUUGGACACAACGAAAAUGCUUGUUAGUAUAUCACCUGAUGAGACUCCAUCUACCAUUGAUGCUAGGAUUGAGUCACCGAAUGUUACAUCUGCUCUGUUUGAUGUUUUUCUCGGCAGUAACUCAGUUUCCCCAACACUGAAAGUUUCAGCUUCUAGUGGAUUGGCAGCUGCACUUAAGUAAUUAAAGGCGCAAAAACGGGUUUUCUGUUUUUCUUUAAGAUGCCAAUUGCCAGCUUGUGUUUAUUUCUACAGAGUAUUUUUGUGUGAAUUGGGUUCCAAUAUUUCAUUGGGGUGGGCUAAAAAUGGACAGCUUCUUUAUUGCUUUAUUUCUUUCCUUUUUUUUUUUUUUUUUUUUUUUUUUCUU